CAUAAUAAAUAAUACAUAAGAGGAAAAAAAAGCAAGUUUAUAAGUUAAAAGUAAAAUAUUGAUCAGUGAUACUGCAGCUUGUGAAAACGUACGUACAUUUGUAAGUUUAGCUGGUUUCUUUUGGCUGUCGAGGGGAAAUAAUUGUUGUAAAUCAACUUUAGUAAAUUUCCUCCGAUGAUAACAAAGUGUUUUUUGUUUUGUUUUGUUUUUUUGUUUGGACUUAUUUACGUCAAACCAAACAGCACACGUUCAAAACAUCAGACAACAUCCAGGAAGUGCGAUCAACAGCAAAAAAACACUGAUAUGAAUAUUUUACAGCAAAAUCCACUUUAACAAAAAGCUCAUCUGUCAUCAGGAGACUUUUAAAUGACUUUAAGUAGAGGCACCGCCUUCCCUUCCCUCCUGGGCUCCUAUUGGCUGUUCAGACGCUCUGUCUGCCGUCAGCCAAUAGCAGCCGAGUAGCUGCCAUUCUCGGCUCCUAUUGGCCGACAGCAGAAUAAAGCCAGUGGUUCGUGUUGAAGCUGUGAACUCUUGAUAAGUCAGAUGUCCGACACGCGCAGUGAACCUGAAACUCACGCAAUGACUUUCCCUCUGUUGUGAUUUUUAUUUUUUAUUCCGCAAAUUAAAAUAUUUACUUUCUCCGACUUUCUGUCCGCUCUUUGAACCCAACAUGCGGCUGAGUCUCUGGUGCGUUUGGACGAGCUGGAUUUUAACUCUUCACACCGCAGCUCAGCAUCCUCCUGCCCGGGAGGAGGGAGGGGUGCAGCGCCGGGACAGGGACCGGGAAGGCGUGCGGACCGGGCUGCGGAGGCAGAGCGCCGGCAGACCCGCGCCGCUGCGGCUGGACGCCGGGGGAGCCGGGGAGAAGCCCGGCGGCAGGAGAGCAGCUCUGACCGGUCCUCGUGUCUGCGGCGGUCGCUGUUGUGUCGGGUGGAGUUUAGCGCCCAAAACCAGACGAUGCACCAAACCCAGGUGUCUCCCUCGUUGCCAUAACGACGCGUUGUGCCGGCAGUCUAACCGCUGUGUGUGUCGUCAAGGUUUCCACGGUUACCGCUGUGAGUUUUCCACGGCGGCGUUUUCUCCGGCCGGGGCGUCGCUGACCUCCAUCCGUCCCGGAUCCUCUGCCCACGUCGGACCCCCCACCGGCCCCCCAGAUCCAGCCGGCGCUAUCAGGAGGAGCAAAGUCCUUACAGCUCGCUCUGGUCCCGCGGCCACGCUAACACCACCUGCCUCCACCAGACCUGCCACAGUAACGAAGACCAGCAGCAAACCAGACCUGAAUCCACCUUCUACUCCAGCUGAAACCCACAGCAAAGAGGAGGAUGCCAAGAUCCCAGACCCUGGUCCUGCUAAGUCUGGAAAUGUCGGUGUUUCCAAGGUGCUUCUAAUCCAGGAGGAGAACCAAGCCUCCCCAAGAAGUCCGCAGGUGGGACGGAGAGCCGUGAGGACGGAAACGCCGCAGUUUAACCACCCCCGGCCAGGAGACGCCGAGGGGGGGCCGGAGACCACAGCCAGCCUUACAGGGUUUAAAACGGAAGAAGCUCCAGGGUCUGAGACUAAAAACCCAAAUCUGGAGUCGCUAGACUUAAAAGGAAGCUGUGAGACUGAAGAUAAACGCUUAAUCCGACCGUCUGAAAUCCCAGAUCCGGAGUCGAACUCGAGGCCUGAAGGGGAGGACGGACUAAGUGUGGAGUCCGAUCCAGAGCCGAGGGGAGAGAAGAGUGUGGAUGCUGGCGUGACGGGAGAGGAGGAGGAGGAGGAGGAGGAGGAGGUGAAGACCGGAGGAGCACGGAAGCAGUCGCUCAGUCUGAGGGAGGCCCAGGCGGUGCUGCUGAGGAAGACUCUGUCACGGGGGGGAAGAGGAGACAAGAUGGCCGCCCUGCUGAUGAAGCACAUUGAAAAGGAGAGGAAGAAACUUCUCACUUCCUCCUCUUCUAACUCCUCAUCAACAUCAUCAUCCUCAGUAAAAACCAGCGUGAAGACUUUCCACACUCAGAAGGGCCAGUACACCGUCCACGUCACUGCACCCACAGCUGAUGGACAGACAGCCACAGGAGGAGGAGGAGGAGGAGGAGGAGGAGGAAUGGAGAGGAUCCAGGUGAUGUUCACACCGACCAUCUGCAAGGUGCGCUGCAGCCAGGAGCGAUGUGUCAACUACUGCGAGCGAGGCAACGUGACCACGCUGUACAGCAGCAGUGAGGGGGGAGGAGGAGGAGGAGGAGGAGCAGGAGGAGGAAGGAGAGACAGCUCCCAUGGACCAGGCUUCAGAGUCUUCCUCUGUCCUCUGCUCUGUAAGAACGGAGGCGUCUGCCUGCAGAAGGAUCGCUGUCUCUGCCCACCAAACUUCACCGGGAAGUUCUGCCAGAUCCUCGCCGCCGCCGCCACCACCCCCGCUGUAGCUGCAGCUGCCUCGCCCUCCUCCACCAAUGAGAUCGUCAAGCCCGCGCUGCUCUCCGCCAUGGCAGCCAAUCAGGAGCUGACCCAGUCUGAGUUCCUCCUGCCGCUGGGACAGAACCAGGCGCCGGCGAGGUCUGGAGCUCACGGGCCCUCCAUGGUGAAGGUCAGAGUGCAGCACCCCCCCGAGGCCAGCGUGAAGAUCCACCAGGUGCUGAAGGUGUCUGGAUUCAGUCCCACCCUGCGGACGCUAUCCUCCUCGGGGUCGGCGGGCGCUCCGGCUCCAGCUCCGGCUCCGGCAGGUGUGGAGGUCCAGGCCCAGACGCAGAGGGGGGCCGGCACGUACAACCAGCAGUCCGGGUUCAAGUACUGCUUCAGAGAGGUGAAAGACGGACAGUGCAGCUCUCCUCUGCCUGGUCUGAGGAGCAGGGAAAUGUGCUGCCGAGGCAUCGGGAAGGCCUGGGGGAUCACUGACUGCGUCCUCUGUCCUGAUAACACAGGUCAGAGCAACAGUAGCUGUCCUGCUGGUUUCGAGCGAGCCAAUGAAACGCAGUGUGUCGAUGUGAAUGAGUGCCUCCAGCCGGGGCUGUGUGAGAACGGCAUCUGUGUGAACACCAGGGGGAGCUAUAGCUGUGUGUGUAGGGCGGGGUUCAUCCUCGACGCCUCACAUGGAAUCUGUAUCUCCCAGAGUGUGAUAUCGCAGGAGAAGGGUCAGUGUCACCGGGUUCUGAAAUCGGGUCAGGGUCCGUCCUCCUGCUCCCUGCCCAUCCUCAGGAACAUCACCAAGCAGAUCUGCUGCUGCAGCCGAGUCGGCAAAGCCUGGGGACCCGACUGCCAGAGAUGUCCCUACUUUGGUUCAGCGGCCUUUAAGGAGAUCUGUCCGGCCGGACCUGGUUACCACUACUCAGCUUCGGCCCUGCAGUUCAACCAGAGAGUCACUGAGCAGCUGGGGAGCCGAGGAGCUCUGCUGGUGACCCACGGCAACCAGGAUAACCAGGGUCCUGGUUCUGGGUCCAGUAGCAGCGGAGCCUCCAGGUCUCAGCAGAAUCCCUCGUCCUCUGGAGCGACAGCUGGCGGAGCGAGCACUUCACUGAGUUCUGCUUCAGGUGUUGGAUCCAGCGCUGGAUCGGCUGGUACCGGCAGUACGCACACCAGACCCAGUCCGCCCCAGCCCCAGCCCCAGCCCCAGCCCCAGCCACCGCCUCAACUUCAACCUCAGCCUCCACCCCGCCCGGCCGACCCCCCCUCCUCUAGGCCUGUUCUGCCUGGCAGCACCAGCACCACGGCCACCCAGGGCAAACCCCAGAUCCAGGAAAAUCGGCCUGACCCUGCUCCGUCGUUCACAACACAACCAAGGCCACAGCUUCCGUCCACCGCGAGUCAAGCGGGCGGUCAGUCCUCCUCUGCGUCCCGGCUGGAUCGGCCAGCAGCCAGAGGGGACUCUCUCCCCGCUCCGGCCCAGCCGCAGAGCCCCGAGGCUGGGUCGAGGCCCAGCGGGGAGCGCGGUCCUCUGCAGAACAGACCGGCCGUCAGCCCGACGACCCGACCCUCCCGGGUCCAGACAGUGCGAGGUGUGUGUGAGAGCAGACCAGGUGUGUGUGGGCGUGGCCGCUGCGUGGAUCAGCCAGGUGGAAAACACACCUGUGUGUGUGAUCAAGGAUACCAGCACAACUCUCAGCGCACGUACUGCCAAGACGUGAAUGAGUGUGUGCAGUCUCCAGGUGUGUGUUCGGCGGGAGAGUGCGUGAACACCGUGGGAAGCUACAGGUGCGCGUGUCCGUCCGGAUACCGGAGCAGCAGCCAGCUGACCGGCUGCCAAGACAUCGACGAGUGCCGGCAGAAUCCCUGCGGCAACGGUCGCUGUGACAACACGCCGGGCAGCUACAGGUGUGUCUGUCGCCUUGGUUACAGGCUCAGCGGCAACACCUGCACAGAUGUGGACGAGUGUGAGGACGCUCUGCAGUGUCCAGGUCAGGAGUGCGUCAACAGUCAGGGCUCGUACCGCUGCGUCUCCUGUCAGGCUGGAUACAGACUGCUCAACAGGCUCUGUACAGAUGUGGAUGAGUGUGCAGAGCCCGCUCAGUGUCCCGGUCAGAUGUGUGUGAACACUGUGGGAUCGUACCGCUGCGUGUCCUGUCGACCAGGAUACACACUCGCCAACAGACAGUGUGCAGAUGUAAACGAGUGUGAGGACAGCGAGUCCUGUCCUGGUCAGCGGUGUGUGAACACUGAAGGAUCUUACAGCUGUGUGGACUGUCAGCAGGGAUACCACAGUGUGAACGGACUGUGUGCAGAUGUGGAUGAGUGUGUGCAGGCCGCUCAGUGUCCCGGUCAGCAGUGUGUGAACACUGUGGGAUCGUACCGCUGUGUUUCCUGUCAGCCUGGAUACAGCGGCAAGGACGGCUCCUGCCAAGAUAUUGAUGAGUGUGCGAGCGUCGGGGCGUGCGAGGCAGAGCGAGUGUGUGUGAACACCAUCGGCUCCUUCAGAUGUGACUGUCGGCCCGGGUAUCGAACCGCCGGCCUGGGGAGACAGUGCAGAGACAUUAACGAGUGUUUGGAGGGAGACUUCUGUUUCCCCAGAGGAGAGUGUGUGAACUCACCAGGAUCCUACACAUGUGUGUGUUCUCAGGGAUUCACACUGAGUGACAACAGGACCGCCUGCCUCGAUGUGGACGAGUGUGUGAAGUCGGGUGUGUGUUUGGACGGUCGCUGUGUGAACACUGAAGGCUCCUUCCAGUGCCAGUGUCAAACCGGCUUCACCACCAACCCAGAGAAGACCGCCUGCCUCGAUGUUGACGAGUGCGUGUCGACCGGCGGGUCGGUUUGCGGGUCACGGCGGUGCGAGAAUACGAUUGGUUCGUACCGCUGCCUCACUACCUGCGAGCCGGGCUACCAGGUCACACAGACCGGCAACUGCGUAGAUGUUAACGAGUGUGCCAAUAAGACGGUGUGCGGCGAUCACGCCUUCUGUCAGAACCUGAUAGGAACUUACCUGUGCGUGUGUGACCAGGGCUUCACCUCCACCGCCGACGGAAAGGCCUGCGAAGAUGAGGACGAGUGUGUGUCUCUGCCUGGUGUGUGCGGUUCUGCUCGUUGUGAGAACGUGGAGGGAUCCUUCAUGUGUGAAUGUGACAGACGGGGACACGAGUUCGACACCAGCAGCAGGCGUUGUGUCAACACUGCACCACAAGCAGAGAUAGUCCCCGGCUUCCCCUCCUCUUCUUCCUCCUCCUCCUCCUCCUACCACGUCAGUGUGGUGGAGGUGGCUCCGGGGCUGCCCCCCCUCCCCGCGGCUCGUCCAGGUGAGCUGAGGGAGUGUUACUACAACCUGGCUGAUCGGGGAACCUGCAGCCUGCUGGCCACCAACACCAGCCAGCAGGAGUGCUGCUGCACGGUGGGGGAGGGCUGGGGGAUGGGCUGCCAGUACCACACCUGCCCCCCCACAGACACAGCCGAGUUUCUGUCUCUGUGUCCCAGUGGGAGAGGAUACGUUACCACUGGACCAGGAGCCUUCAGCUACAGAGAUGUGGACGAGUGUAAGCGUUUCCAUCCAGAGGUGUGCAAGAACGGCAUGUGUGCGAACAACAUCCCCGGAUACAGCUGCUUCUGCUCCAGCGGAUACAUUUACAACAGCACGCUGCUGGAGUGUGUCGAUCACGAUGAGUGUGAGGAGGAGAGCUGUGUCGGAGGAGUUUGCGUCAACACGGUGGGUUCAUAUUACUGCAGCUGUCAGCCUCCUCUGGUGCUCGACGACACACAACGCCACUGUGUCAACUCCUCCCACCUCACUGUGGAUGAGAACCUGUCUGUGUGCUGGCAGCACGUCACAGCCGGCCUGGUGUGCCAGAGUCCUCUGCUGGGAGCUCAGGUCACCUUCAUGGACUGCUGCUGUCUGUACGGGGAGGGCUGGGGGAUGGAGUGUGCCCUCUGUCCCUCCACCGACUCCGAGGACUAUGCCAGUCUGUGCAGUUCCUUUCUUCCUCCUCUGUUUCCGGAGAGUUUUCCGGACUCCACUGGACCAGAACCAGGACAGAGACCAGGAGCUGGACGAGGACGAGUCUCUCCUCCAUACUUUGCUCCCUACAGUCCGGACUCCUUCCCUCCAGCUGUGGUUCCCAGCAGAGACUACAGUGUUCCUGACUAUGACGAUUACUCCCCAGCAGGGGGCAGCAGGUCCGGCUUCAGAGGCAGGACGCCGUCCACCUUCAGCCUGCCGGACGGAGCCUAUCGCCGGCCUGAGUUUGGCACUGGUUACUACUCUGAAGGAGACUUCAGCCCCCCCGAUGGCUCCCCACCCAGGCCUCCGCCCUUCCGCCUCCCUCCGGACCCCCGGGGCGAGAGGGCGUUCGGGGCCCGGCCUCCUCCUCCGUCCCUGCCUGAGGGUGCUCCUCUCAGCCUGGCCCCGCUGCCCGGCGCUCCCUACCAGGAGCCGGAGGAGGAGGAGGAGGAGGAGGAGGAAGAGGAGGAGGCGUGGAGGCCGGGCCCGCCCUUCCCUCCCUUCACCGAGAGGAGCAGAGGAGGAGGAGGAGGAGCACCGAGGAGGGUGUAUGAGAGGCGUUAUGAGUCCUACGCCGGCCUGAGCGCAGCAGAGGAUUGUGGGAUACUGCACGGCUGUGAGAACGGCAGGUGCAUUCGCGUCGCCGAGGGUUACACCUGUGACUGUUACCAAGGAUACGAACUGGACAUGACCUCCAUGACAUGUAUUGAUAUAAACGAGUGUGAGGACGGCGUCAGCGUGGUGUUCCCGUGUGUGAACGCUCGCUGCGUGAACACUGACGGCUCGUUCCGCUGCGUCUGCAGGAGAGGAUACGUCAUGUCCCGCCGACCAAACCACUGUGUGGCUGCGUAGACCGGACCGGACCGGACUGGACUCGAUAGACAAGCGAGACUGGACUACACAACUGCAGACUAGGCUAGACUAGAUUAGACUGAACUGGCUUGGGCUUUACUAUAGAACCAGAUUUGACAAACUAGACUUGACCAGUCUAAAAUGUACUGGACUAAAAUACUGGGCUAAGGUUACACCAGAUCCCUCUAUAGGGUUUCUGCAAAGUUUCAACAAGUUCAAUUUAAAACCUUUUAAGACCUAUUCCACAUCCGUAAUGGCAAAAAAAGUACGAAGGAUAAGAUCGAAUUUCUUGCAAAGUAAAUUAAUUUAUUCACAUUCAACGAUGGCAGGCGUUUGCUGGCGGCUUUUUAAGGCGGCUUCGUGUUUCUCUGACUUCCCACGCGACUCUCAAUGAUGCGUCGGGCUUCGAAUUCGUUAUUUUCAAUAGGCUUCAACCAGGCACUAAAUGCUGUUCUCGAGCCAGAUCUCGCUGAACUUGCACUUGACCCGUAUUACAUGAAAGUAACGUUAAUUUACAACUUACUUUACUUUUAGAAGUACCUGAUUUUUUGAGACGCCACGUUAGCCCACGCACCACAUCGCCAACGAUAAAUGCUGCACGGUUUGCAUUACUGGUUACUGGUUCCAUGUUGGGUUUUAUUUUUAGUUGUUACCGCGUGAUCAAUACUAAUUUCCCCCAAAAAACACAUUUAAAAGCAAGACUGAAGUUAAUGCAACUUUAUAAAAGUAAACGUUAAUAAUCCCGUCAAUUUUUAAUACCUCUCAAAAUCUUAUUUAAGACAUUUUAAGGCCUAAAAUUCAGAUUAUUGGAUUUUUAGGCUUUUUAAGGAAGCACCAAAACCCUGCUCUAGAUUAAAUUUAACACCCUGUUUUAACUCCAUUCUCUCUCUGACGGUUGAUUUCUGUAUUUAUAUGUCGGGCGGUGAACAUGACAUUGUGUUGUAGUUUGGGGCGCGGGGUGUCCCAGGGAACAUCACAGAUUUUAACAGAUUUUUGGGAUCUAGCGGACAGGAUUACUGGGUUUUCUCUGGAAAAAGGAAAAUAACUUGUAACAAACACCAGGGAUUGGGACCAGGAUCAACUGAUAUUAUAAUAACUAGCUCAAAAUGAAAUUUAAUAUGCACAAUAACUGGAUUGUGCAUAUCAAAAGACGAUUAAACCGUUUUUGGACGUAUUUGUGAUACAAGCUUUUUUCACAUAGCGUUGGUUAGCGUUAUACUGUUAGUGAUCUGUCUCUUUAUAACAUUCAUCACGUGGUAGGAACCAUUGUGCUGUUGAGUUUGUAUUUCACUUGGAAAGUGGAAGCUAGCAGGCUAGGCUAACUAGCUAGUUAGCCUAGCCUGCUUACGUUAGCACUGAUUCCCACUAGACUUUACUUUUGGUUCAUAUUAUUUCAACUCCAGUUAGUCCUGUAUCCUCAGCAUGAAGUACGUUACCUGUUGACUCAAAUCAUGACACGAGGUAACGUACAAAAUCACAGAUAAUAACAGCUAACAACGUUUCCCCUCCCCAACGUCAAACCAAAGAUUCACACCAGCUGGUUCCUUAUAAGAAGUAACUAAGUAAUUUAACACUAAAUCCUUUUUUGAGUUAAUAAAUUAUAUGUACAGUCACUUUAUUACACCAUCAGUUGAUUCUGGUCCCAGUCUAUUGUGUUCAUUAUAACAGCAAUUCUUUGCUUUAAUUUUCCAUGUUGUGAUCACAGAAAGGUCUAUUAAAAGGUGUACAUUGAGUCCCAAAACAACGUACAAAGAUAAAAUCCACACUGUGUCUGCCCAGUCUAAACCAGUCUAGUCCUGUUUAGCCCAGUGGUUGAAACCAGGCUAACCAGAAGUAGACUCCAGGCUACCUCUGAUCAGCCUCGUAGUACAAACCAGGCCAGUCCUCCACUGGGAACCAAGCUGUGCCAAAGUUCAUCUGUGUGUUUUUGACUUCCUAGACUCACAGCCACGACUCUAUCUGGAUGUUUAUUGUAUUGAAAAGUGUGGUAGGUUAUUUUCAGCGGGAGAAAAGUGUUUUGAGACGUGUGAAGUUGUGCAGUAGAAGAAGAAACAGUCGUGUGUGUUUGUUUAUUAGGAAACUAACCAGACUUCGCUGGGUGACACCUGCAGAGAAGCACUGAGCUCAGAUCAGGUGCAAAACAACAACUUUACAUUUUAACUUGAUAGAAAACAGAGGGAACGACAUUAACGUCACCUUAUAGAUCUCAGUCUAACUGAAGGAGCUCAGGUGAGAUUACGUUUAUAAUCAUAAUAUCUACAGCAUAAAACAUAAACACAACUCCAAUCUGUUCAAUAAAGCAAAGAUUUGAAGGGCGUCAUCUGUAGACGUAAACAAAGAAGAAAAUAUUGUCUGACUUUAAAAAUGUUAAUGAAUGAAAUAUAUGAAGUAAAACAGUUAGAGUCAUGUUGGCUGCUUUGAUUACAAUCCCAUUCCACAUUUUACAGCUCUAGCCUAAAUACAGCAAUGAUAUCUGACAAUACAGCUAUUUACUGUCAAGUACUAGCCUUAUAGCUGUCCCAACGUACACAACAGAAAGCUUAUGCUAACGUGAAUAUUUUUAACGUUAGCUACCAAGCAGUAACUAGCUUUUUUGGUGUUGCUCAUGUAGAAACUACAGUUUGUUAUGAUGUUACUGAAAUUAAUUUCCAACACACCCCAUGUGCAUUAGUAAUUAGCCAUCCGCUAGCUAGAAACUAAUCGCUAAGGUUAGUGUACUCGCUAGCUGUUAGCUCACUAGCUAACAAAUAUGCUGGGUUAGCUCGUGCAUGGAUGUUUAAAAAAAAUCGAAGAAACAUUGUUCUACUUGCUCACUGGGCCGCAGCCACUGAAAUACUGAGGCAAUGAGUCCGAAAUCCCCAGUUGAUCCAUUUUAAUUGUUCAGUUAUAUAUUCUGGCAAUGUUUGUUCGCUAGUGAGCUGUUAGCUCACUGGCUAAUGAACAAGUUGGGAAGUGUUAGCGUGGGCGUGGAAAUUGAAGAGUUUAAGAAGCAUCGUUCUGCUGAAAAAUAAUUUGCUCACAGUUGCCAGGAUUUCUGAAAUACUGAAGCGAUGAGUCAAAAUGUACUCUAAUUGAGAUAUUUCGACUCGACUACAGAUGGAAACGUGGUUUUCUAAAACAUUUGGCUAAUUUGAGCAGCCAAACUUCUUUUUGUCAGUUUUAGUAAGAGUCAGUUGAAAGUUUGCUCUCUGCAGUUUGCAGUAUGUUCAUUUAUACACCCUGACGGAGUUUUAUAAUCAACACUGUGUGAAUAAUUCAUUAACAACACUACGAUUUAUCUUCACUAAACCAAACUCAGCAAUCAACAAUGAAUGUUUGGGAUCAGUCUGGUGAUAUUCUACGUUUUUCUUACUCAACAAAUCCCACGUGCAGACUCAAACCAGCAGUGGACGGAUCUGCUAACGCGUACUGUGUGCGUAUCACAGCCUCCACUGGUGUCCAGAAACUGUUAAAACUCAUCAGCGAGCCGCUCUGCUGCACUGGGCGACAUGCUCCUUCAUCACCAUGAACACACACACUGUAGUUUAUUCUGACUCAGUCCCACACACACCGUCCUGCUGCCCCAAACACUCACUACAGCACCACAUGUGGAUUCAUCCGCCGCUGGAAAUAGUCCCCAACAAACGCACCGUUUCCUCCUGUUUGAGCCGCAGACAGGAAGUCAGGAAGUACAGUACAUUGUUGGUUUGGAUCUGCACGUGGGGUUUGUUGACUAAGUCAACUUUUGAUUAAUACAUUUGGUUCCUUCAGUUGACUUUUAUAAAUACUAAAUGUGUUGAUGAAUUACUGACGUGUCUGUGCUUUUAUGUUUGUUGGCAGAUUCAAGCUUCUUUUCCAAAACAUAAAUUCAAACUUUAGUGCAGCUUUCUCUCCCGAAUGUACUGGAAGCUGCAUUCAGUCAUAUUGUGUAUAUAAUAAUUCACAUUCUCCCACAAUAAUCCUUAUUGUUACCAAAUGAAUGAAGCUGUUACAGCCUGUAAGAGAGUGUGUUUUUAUUAACUUUCUGACGUAGUUAACAUGCUGAAUCCAACGUGAUGAACUUUCCUCCUCAGCACCUAAUGUUUGCUCUAUAACAUGCACUGUAUCUGCCAGAGACCAGCCUUUUGUGCUCACACAGGAUAUUUUGUACAUUGUUUAAAUUUCAGUCUCUGGUACUUUUUAAAUUGUUCAUUUUUCUGGUUAAUGAUUCACUUUUUUUUUUUUUUUUUUAAAUCAUUGUUGUUUGUAUGACAAGAAAUGAAAAUAUAUUUGCACACACUUUUAUUGAAAGCUGUCUGUGUUGCCUUUU